UCAGCUCCCCUCUUUGUGAAGAUACAGAGUAGAGAAGAUAAAAAAAUGAUACUGAAUUCUGCUUUUUCUGGAUUUGUUCAAUGGAAAAUUCCGAAGAAAAUGGUAAAUUUAGCUGCUUCUGGUACAAAUAAUUUAAAUACAGAGAAGCUGCGAGAACAAUUAGACCAUCUUCAUAAGGAAGCACAAAGCACAAGAAAUAAAGCAAAUAAUGCAAGAUCGAGGCUACUUCGGUUGUCUGAAGCAGCAGAGAGAUUUCGGCGACAAGCAGCCAUUAGUGUUCGAACAGGAAAGGAGAAUGACGCCAGGGAGUUGCUUUUUCAAAAGAAGAAGAUUAUGCAAGCCAUGGAGCAGUCAAAGGGUCGCAUUGAAUUGCUCGAUGAACUUGCAUCAAAGCUCAAUGAGGCGAUAUCUAUGCGGGAGAAGCAGUUGAUUGGAAAUGUUGCUUUAGAUCUUGAGAUUGCUAUAGAUGAUGCUCCAAGUCCCGUCCGAAUAGUAUCUCCAAAGGAUGAUAAUGCAGACAAUUCAGAUGAAAAUGAAGAUGUUGACCUGGAAACUAUAAAAUUAGAUGAUAGUCAAGAAUUGCAAGCUCCCUAUGAUGGUAAUGCAGACCUUAAAACUGAUAAUGAAUUGAUAAAUCUCGAGGCAUCAACAAGUGGGAACAUGUCCAAGGAAGCCGACAGGAUCAAUAGUUUAAAGGGGGUAUCUUCAUACGAGGAGUUUUUGGAGCAUAUAGACCAACAACUAAGAGAUAUUGAAGUAGAACUUGUCACCUUUUUGAGAUUUUCAUCCUUAAUACUUGAAAACAAAGAUAAACUAGAAAACUCAAAGGUACAGCAAGCACUGGACGUUCUCGAGGGUGUUCAUCAGCUUAGAGGGAGAAUUGAAAGCAUAGUGCAGAAAAAAGCCGGUGUACAUUGAAGUUUUUUAGCACUAUAUGCAAUUCUUGCAGUGGCUGAUGUUAAGGCAAAAGUUCAUUUCUUUGUGGUUCCUGUUGGUGGUUGGACUUCACUAAGAUCCUAAGCACUCUCUCAGAGAAUCAAGUUGCUGUAAGAUAAUAAGGUAUAUGCUUUGUGAACAAGAGGAGAACAUCACAACCCAUUUUCACCGGUGGAUAUAAAAUUCAUCAUAUUCUUUUGUAAUAUAUUUCUACACUCUACCAACUCUUGUCAAAUCUCCCUUUUUCAAUUGUACAUUCAAGCAAUCAUAUCUCCAGUA